GCUAAAAGCUGUUAAUAUUUAUCAGUUAAUACCGCGGUUGCGAGUACUGUUAUAGAUAUGUUUGAGAUAUAUCGCACGCUGCUGUCAACGGAGAAGUGAACUUUGCGAAUGCACACAGUGGAAUGGAACGCAUAAAAUUCUGCCGUUAAAGAAAAGGUGAACUACGCAUGCGUGGGUUUCGACCAAGAUAUUAUUUUACGAAUAUUUUUCCGUGAGAAGUAACUACAUCGAAUUUCCUUCAACAUUAUAUUGUCCACUUACUUCUUCUUCUAGGGAGUAGGUGACAAAUUAUGAGUGUAUCGAUCGCAUUAUGUGCUAUCCUAUAUCUCUGUCUAUUUUAUUAAACAAUUUGCGUGGCAAUUGCUUUACUUUAGUAAAGAAAACUGAUACAAUUAUAUAUAUAUAAUGUUAUAUGAUUAUAUAAUUCGCAAGUGCUUCUAUGCGAGAUGAGGUUCCAUGAACCGUCACAAAAUAUUGUGCAGUCAAACGUAACUCGUUAACUUAAGGAUCGCUUUGUAAAAUGAGUACCUCUGUCCAAGAACGGUAUUUCAGCUUGAAUAGAAUUAUAUUACUCGCUGUUGGCUUAUGGCCUUAUCAACAAUCAAAGAUUGCUCGAUUUCAGACAGCAUUAUUGCUUAGUAUUUUGAUAAGCAUCAUCACAUUAAUGCUUUCAAGACUUUGUUUUGUAGAAUACUCCUUUGAAUUUACUAUUAAUUUGCUUUGUGCGUCAACGUAUUUUACUUUUUUUCUGAUUAAAUAUCUCUCCUUUUGGAUUAACAUAGAAACUAUAAGAUAUUUAUUGGAUAACUUUCAAUACAUCUACAAGAGGCUAAAGGAUUCAAAAGAAAUUGCUAUCUAUAACAAAUAUGGCAAUAUUGCAAAACGUAUAACAGUCGGCUUCAUAAUAGUUGCAAUAUGCAAUCAAGCUUGUGUUACUGCAGUACAAUGUGCGCCAUACAUUUUUGAUGUGAUUAUGCACAAAAAUGAGACCUACGCGCGCCGCUUCAUAGUAGCUUUGACUACAUACUUCGCCAUACAAGAAAAAUAUUUCUAUUUAUUUCUUCUGCAUCUAAACACAGUUAUGGCUGUAGGAUCCCUUGCAUUAUUAGCGAUAGGAACAACGGUGUUAUCAUGUUUUAAACAUAUCUGUGGAUUGUUCAGAAUUGCUAGCUACCGAUUUGAACAAGCAAUAACGGCUACUACAUUACAAAGUAUUACCUUAAAAAAUAAAACCAUGAUUUACAAGGAGUUUAUCUAUGCCGUGGACAUUCAUCGUAAAGCUAUACAGUUUGCCAAAUUUUUUGUGGGCGGCAUGGAACGAUCACUUUUCAUUGUUACAAUGAUUACUGUACUUUGUAUGAGUUUGAAUCUUUAUGGAAUAUUUCAAAUUGAAUCACCUAUGCAAGAAAUAGAAAAGACAGUGGGACAUUUUCAACUUAUCAUUUUUCUUCUUAUAUAUAUGUUUGUAGCUAACUAUGCUGGACAGGAAAUGACGGAUUAUAAUAAUCAUAUAUUUCUUACGGUAUACAAUGCUCCAUGGUACUUAGCACCAUUGCAGAUACAAAAGUUGACCUUGUUUUUAUUACAAAGAAGUAACAAAGCUUUCACAUUGAGUAUCGGUGGAUUAUUUACAUUAUCCAUAGAGUGCUUUGCUUCGCUAGUAAGUGCAUCAGUAUCUUACUUCACGCUUAUGCUAUCUUUGUAAUAAUAACGAAUAUAUAACAUCCAAUAAUACCGUAUAUUAGAAUAGGGUAAAUAGAUAUAAAACUAGAUGAAAAUGCCGAUAUUUUCUUCCCAUUGACCUUAAAAACUUAGGAAAAUGGUAAGAGAUUUGGUAGUAUUUUUCUUUUAAACCCAUAACGUUAUGCAUAAAGUAAGCAAAGAGAGACAUUAAUUGACUUAUAGGUACAAUUAGAUAAGUUGCAAAACCAAAUCUGAAGUGUUUCUGAUAUUUAAACGUAUAAAAGUUAUCAUUCGAAUAAAAUGUGCGGAUAAGAAGGAAUGAUAUGAUAAUGGGAAAUAUUACGUGCGUGAAAUAUUAUAGUAAUUUAAAUAUUAAGUAUGUUAAUAAAUUAUUUGGAGAAGUAAAUUAAAUAUUAAAUAUUCAGUAAUCGUGCCUGUGAGGUAUUGUAAAUCUAGAAGGAAAUAUAUGGUAUUAAAACAA